AUUGUAACUUGGAUUCUUUCAAGGUCGGAUGGUGUAGUUGGUUAUCACGUCAGUCUAACACACUGAAGGUCCCCAGUUCGAGCCUGGGUUCGAUCAUUCAACCAUUCAUCGGAGAGAUGAUUUAUCUUUUUGCGAAAUUUUUCUUUUUCUUUUACCUUUCUACGGAAUACAAUAGGAUUAUUAACUACCUACCUUAGGUACCUUACAGCAGCAACCACCGUAUGGGCUGUCAUCAUCAAAUUAUCAAUGAGAUCGCACCUCUUUUACUCAUGCAAGGUUCUCCGUCCAAUUAUCAUGUCAUGAAAGUAGCAAAAACAAGUGUCGUCUUAGCGGGCUAGUUAUCGACUUCGCAGAAAUAGAUACCUAUCCAGUAGCCACAGAAGUUAAUACAAACUGAAUUCUAUAGAUACAACGGGAUUUUAUAUACGUAUUUAGAGGGGUUUCACCACAUUCCCGCAUCCUUACGUUAGGAUGGUAUGCCCCCUGCGUCCGAGUAGAUCAUACCCUCGCAGAGGUGAACCCGAGUACGACAACGCAUAUACGUGCAUAUAAGACCCCCAUGGAAAUUCAUCUACCAAGACGGAUGCCGCGGAAUUCGGAGCGCAGGCUUAACAUGCCUAUAAGUAAAGGACGAGUUGUCCUACGAGAAGCAGAGACUAUACUACUACUCGGCGUAUACGCUUGAUUAUACUUUAUAUGUACCACACCUGUCCGUAGAGAUCGCACGUGAGUUAGUAAGACGAUCAUGAGCUCCUUCGACGAUGCAGCGGUAGAGCCGUUCCGGAUUGCAGUGCCGGACCAGGCUAUCGAGACGCUGAAGGCCAAGUUAGCGUUGACGACGUUCCCGCGGGAGACGAGUUUCUCGAAUGAUGGCGACUACGGCGCGCGGCUAGACGAUGUGAAGAGACUGGCGACAGCGUGGAAGGACACGUUUGACUGGAGGGAGGCCGAGGCAAAGCUUAACGAUACGUUACCGCAGUUUACGACUAGGAUCGCGGUUGAUGGCCACGAAGAUGAUUUGAAAGUCCAUUUUGUGCAUGCAAAGAGUGAGAGGAAAGAUGCGAUCCCGUUGUUGUUUUGUCAUGGAUGGCCCGGUAGCUUCAUCGAAGUCACCAAGAUAUUACCGCUCUUGACGGCCGGGGCCGGGGCCGGGGCCGGAGAAGACGAGCCGGCUUUCCAUGUCGUAGCGCCGUCGUUGCCGAACUUUGGCUUCUCGCAGGCCACCUCGAAGCCCGGGUUUGGGAUACCGCAACACGCCGAGGUGUGCCACAAACUCAUGCUCCGGCUCGGAUACGACAAAUACGUAACGCAGGGCGGCGACUGGGGGUACAUGAUCACACGCGCCAUGAGCGCGAAAUACCCAACACACAUACAAGCCUCGCACCUAAACUUCAUCCUCGCCUCUCCGCCCAGCCCGCUCUCCUCGCCCCUCCUCUGCCUACAAUACGCCUUCGGCCUAUACACGGCCGCCGAGAAAGCCGGACUAGCACGCACCCGCUGGUUCCAAGAGAGCGGCAACGGGUACGCGCGCAUCCAGGGCAGCAAGCCGCACACGCCGGGGUUCGCGCUAGCCGACAGCCCCGUCGGCCUGCUCGCCUGGAUAUACGAGAAGCUCGUCGACUGGACCGACGCGUACCCUUGGACGGACGGCGAGGUGCUCACUUGGGUUAGCAUCUACGCCUUCAGCGAGGCCGGCGCGGAUGCUAGUCUAAGGCUAUACUACGAAGCGAUGCAUCAGAAGGAUAUAGUUUCGGUAGGAAGCGAGAUUUCGUCUAUCCAGGCUUGGAAUGGGAAAGUCCCGUUAGGAUUAUCAUAUUUCCCUAUGGACGUGGCGGUGCUGCCGAGUUCGUGGGGGAGGACGUUGGGACCGGUGGUAUUUGAGAAAAGACAUGAGCAAGGAGGACACUUUGCCUCGUUCGAGAAGCCCGAUGAGUUGGUUGCCGAUCUUCGAACCAUGUUUAGGAAGAGCGGGAUUAGAGCGAAGCUGCUAUUCUGAGACUGGCGAAUAUCACCAUUUCACAUUUCACAUUAACUAAAAUAAAAUGUCAAAUUAUGCAGGUAUUAGCAAUGCAAAUCGCGAUGCAUAUUGGCCAGU